AUGGAAAUUCGUUACAUUUUUAGAAUUGGUAAAACUGUUGGUGCCAGUCCUUGGGUGACGUUAGGUAUUACUUUAAUUGUAUGUGGUGCUUGUCUGGCUGGUUUACUGCAGAUUCGAACAAGAAUUAAAGGUUUAAACUGUGGUUCUAGCCGAUAUUCAGAAAACCCAGACGAAAGUAUUAAAAGUGCAGGAUUUGUGAAAACUUCUUUUUUUUAUAAACGACUUCCUGCUUUGGUUGAUCCUGAGGAUAAUGUUGAUCCACGUGGUAAAAAAUGGGAAGAAAAAUUUCAAAGAAUUAUGGAGAAAUAUAACAUUAAACUGUAUACGACUAGAAAAAAAUUUGCUGAAGUAUCUUCUGAUGCCAUUAAUGGUGACAUCAUUUUACUUUCAAGUGGAUAUCUAAUUAUAUUUGCUUACGUCAUAAUAAUUUUGGGGAAAUUCACACGACUUGAGAUCAAGGCAUGGCUUGCUCUUUGUGGAAUAGUUAGUGUUGGACUGUCAGUUGGUAUAUCCAUAGCUCUCUGUAGUGCUUUUGGUCUAUUUUAUGGUCCUGCUCAUACAACAUUACCUUUUCUACUUCUUGGUAUUGGAGUAGAUGAUCUAUUUGUUAUCGUACAAUCGUGGUCAAACAUUAGACCUGAAAUUCAUAAGACAAAGUCAGUUGCGGAAAGAAUUGGUUUAACUUUAAAACAUGCUGGAGUAUCAAUCACCAUUACAACAUUUACAGAUCUUAUAGCUUUUCUCAUUGGAGCAACAACGAUAAUUCCUGGUCUUCGAUCAUUUUGUUUCUACGCUGCAGUUGGAAUUUUUUGUGACUAUGUGCUGCAAAUCACCUUCUUUGUGGCCUGUUUAUCUCUUGAUGCUCGAAGAAUUGACAAACGUCGCGAUGGUUGUGGUCUCUGUAUUAUUUUACCUCAGGAUUAUAAACCAAAUGAAUGUGGGCAGAAAAGUUAUUUACAAAUGUUUUAUGAAAAGAUUGUUGGACCGGGUGUUGUCAAGUUACCUGUAAAGAUCAUUAUACUAGUAAUUGCUGCUGCACUCCUUGGUGGAAAUAUUUAUGGCUCACUGCAAUUAGAACAGCAAUUUGAAUCCAAAUGGUUUCUUCCUGCUGGAACAGUUGUCAGAGAUUACAUGGACCUUAAUGAAGAGAAAUUUGUGCAAGGUGGUGAACCGAUAGCAUUUUAUACUGGAGAGAUUGAUUAUUUCAAAGAUCAAAUAAAGUUGCAUACACUAAAUAACAAUAUAAAGAGUGAAACGCAAUACUUAGCAUCAAACACCGUUGAAAAUUGGUUUGAACAUUACAUUAAAUGGUUAAAUACGACAAACUCCACGUUUCUAAACACUACAAAUGAUUUAGAAUUGACAGUCAACAAUAAAAAGGUCUUCUACGAAAAACUGCGAGAAUUUCUUCAAGGUGACGGAAAUCGUUUUCAUGACGACAUUCAUUGGAAAAACAACACUAACACUAUAAAGGCAACUCGAAUACGUGCAUUUCUAAGAAUUCUUAGAACGCAAGAUCAAGUGAAAGCAAUGGAUAAGUUUCGAAGUUUGAUAGAAGGAAUUGGUUUCAGGGAAGACCCCAUUGUCUAUAAUCGCGUGAUUUUGUUUGCUGAGGGAAACAAGGUCAUAUCUGAAGAACUAUUUCGAAAUAUACUUCUGGCUUUGGCAGUUGUUUUUGUUGUCACCAUGGUGAUUAUUGCAAGCCCAGUGACGUCAGUGUUGGUAUUUGUAUGUGUUGUUUUAACAGUGGUAGAUGUUGCUGGAUUGAUGUACUUUUGGGAUUUAACUAUUGACAUAGUUUCAACUAUUGUGCUUAUUAUUGCUAUUGGUUUAUCUGUGGAUUACGCAUCUCAUGUUGGACACACAUUUUUGAUAAAAUCUGGUACAAGAAAAGAAAGAACAAUUAAAAUGUACCGCGAUAUCGGUCCAGCGGUAUGGAAUGGUGGUUUUAGUACAUUUUUAGCGAUUGUCCCAUUGGCUACGUCAAAAUCUCACGUAUUUAUUACGUUUUUCAGGAUAUUGUUUGGUGUUGUUUUAUUUGGUAUUUUCCAUGGACUUUUUUUCCUUCCGACCAUUUUAUCCAUUAUUGGUCCUCGUCCUUAUGAUUCAGCUGAAGAAAUCGAAAGUUCUUCCUCAUCUGGACAUGUUUCACCGAAGAACAAGAAAAAUGAAAACACUCCUAGCGUUCCUUCACAAACAAAUCAAGGAGUUCAGGUUGAAGAUAAUGUUUCCAAUGGUCAUCCUUUAAAACAAAAAAAUGCUCUCGAACAAAAUAAUGCACCGGUUCCAGUCGUUGAAAUGUAUUUUUAGGCAUGCUUUAUAUUUAUUGCACAUUAUAAAGAUUAAAGGCAUUUAUUAACUCGUAUUACUGCAUAAACCUGCAGAAAUUGUACAUAAUUAUGUUUUAUAGACAUAUAAGAGUAGGUCAUACCGAUUUCAAGUCAAACAAUUCUUCAUCACAAGUGCAAUAAUAUAAUUUAUACAAAUUUA